GUAGUUUAAGUGUGUGUUGAAUGGUCUCAAUAAUUAUUGAAAUAUAUAAACUCGCAUUGGUCAUUGUGUCCAAUCACUGUUUAUACGUUUCUGCCACGUAUUAUCAUCCUCAUUCUCAUACUCAGUUAUUGCAGAUAAAUAACUAAACAACUUAGCAAAUCAACUAACUAACAAAGAAUAAAAAUGGCCAAAUUACCAUUUUUAAUGGUCAUUAUUUCCAUCAUAAAUUAUCAACAAUCCAACGCUAUUGUAAGUCUUUCAAGAAAAAUAUCUGUCGAAACUUAUGUGAAGACUAUAGCCGAUGCUUUCUCUAAUGCUACAAAAACAUCUCCAAUUUAUAAUUAUUCACCAGAAACUACUGUAAAUAUAUUGAUGAACGACACGAAGUUUGUGCUUGAUGUUCUGGAUUCUGCGAUUUCGUUAACUUCAACGCAAACCUUGGGAGAACUUUUUGAACCUUUUGUCUUCACAAUACAAGAUGAUUCUGGAUUUAGGAGCGCAGUUAGCAAUCUCCUAAGAUACAGUCAAGAGCUUGAUAACUUCUUCGCGAAGUUAAUAGACUUGGUUCAUUUUGAUGAAAAUGAUAAUAUUGUGAUAGUAAAUACACAAAAAAUAGAAGCUUUCACAAAUGAAAUAAUUGGGUUGCAUAGUUCAAACUUGUAUAAUAUCACAGAUGCUAUAUAUUCACUAAUUACACCGGGCGAAGUGGACAAUAUUUAUGCAACAGUUAUCUAUUUUUUCACGGUUUAUGAGGAACUGGUAGAUCUUGAAAAUCAAUGUGACUACAAUAUGACUCUACAUGAAAGAAUGAAACGUAUCUACGACAUAGUCGUCAUCAAUGAAAUAAAAGCAUUUAUAAUGACAACAUUUGCUUUGAAUUACAGACAAAUAACAACAAAUGAUAAUUUUGAGCGUCAAAUAACUGAAAACAUUAACAGUAUGACAGACCGGCAUGAUCGAUACAUAACAUCUAUGAGAACAAUGCUGUCACAUUCCAUGCCCAGUAAUCUACGUUGUGAUGCACCAGAAAACGUACUUGGUGAAAACUGUUUCCGUCUAGAAGAUUUAUUUGAACGGGUUUACGUUAAUCAACGUCAGUUAUCAUUAACGUGUGAUAUUGACACUAAUUCAUUUGUAUCGUUUAACGAAAUUGAAUGUUUAUCUGUACCGGAAGCUAAAUAUAAUCGUUAUUACUGUCCAACUAAAAUGUGUCAUGGUAGAUUACACGACUGUGUACCCGCAGAUCGAUUGGCGUUUUGUGAAUCGCCAUAUGAAUUUGGCCCACGUUAUUACUGGGCAACCGAUUCUGAAGAACUCCAAAAAUAUUGCAAAGGAUAUUAUGUCGAUACGAUGAAAAAAGCCCCCUGUGAUAAUUUACUGUGUCAAUGUUCCGAAGAAGGAGCUGCAUCAUUGGCAGUACGUGCUGUCAAUUUAAUGCCUCAAAUGGCGGAUAUUGAAAAUAAUAUGGUCGUUACAAAUGUGAAAUUUUCAAAUCAAAAUAAUAUGAUCCACUUACAAAUUGAGCAAGGUAGAUUAUUACCAGAAGGUAAAAUAGACGAAGCAACAAUUCAAAUGGUACCCGUCGGAAGAUUUGGUUAUUUGCAAAAUACUCCUGAGGGUUCAAUUGUUCUGUUGGAAAAUGAUGAUCCAGAGGAACAAACGUACCUUGAGCUCGAUACUGAUUACACGUACUUGGGAUACAAUCGCGAUAGAUUUUUAAUUGAUGAUAUUAUUGCUAAACCGAAUUAUGUCGUUACUGGUGUGAAAUUGGGACAACAAGAACCAAAUCCUAAAAAUGGUAGAAACAAGAGUCCAAUACAAUUGGAAGUACACGUGACUCCAUUCAAAUAUCAUAAAGGUCUGUUGAAUCCAACUAGCGAGAAACCAUCUUUCUGGAUGACACCUCGCAGUAUGACUACUGGUAACUACGAAUAUGAAAGAGAAGAGUUGGAUUUAUCAAAUGUGGGCGAUUCACUCAAUAAUACAUUCAUCAAUUUAUUAGAUUCAAUGCCAAAUCAGUUCAUAAGAUUCCAAACGUCCGACCAUACUAAUUUCGGACAAACAACUGUACCAUAUUUCGACUCACGUCCAGCUGGAGUAACGAGUACCACAGCAUUAAGCGGUGUUGGUAUUAUUCACCGUGGAGUUUAUGUGCUAGGAGGAUUUUUAGCACCAAAGAUCAUCGGAAUUGAUCAUUCAGCUCAUGUUGGAAACAAUGCGGAAGUUACGAAUUAGAAUUUUUCAAAAUAGUUGACAAAGUAAAUCUUUGGUCAUAAUUUUGAACCUUUUAAAUUUUUACUUUAUCUUUAAAUUGAUUUAUUCUACAAUGUAAUGAACUUUGAAAUUUGAUUAUUAAUAAAGAGAGAUUUAAAUUUAA